UACCCCAUAUUUCAUUAUUUAAGUGAAACUUGAAACUCUCCUUGUACUGCUCUCUAUCUUUGUCAAGAAGAAGAAAAUGAAGAGUUGUGUGUCUUUGUGGUAACGGGUCUUUUCUCAUGUCUAACACAAUGCAGAGUGUGAGGUUCAUAGCACCAAUUCUUGUCACAUGUACUGUGCCUAAUAAAGCAAGGCCAUGCAAUACAAUCCGGGUACAAGAUUUUAUGGUGGAUUCUUCCUCUGACUUUGUUAAGCGCUUGGAACUCGCCUGGUUAAUCUCUCAGCAACCAAGGCCAAUUGCGUGUACAUCUUGCAACUCUAAAGGGCAUACUGAAUGUAAAUGGUGUGGGGGUACUGGUUUCUUCAUUAUUGGUGACAACAUGCUUUGUGAAAUUCCAUCCAGAAACACUAAUUGUGUUAUUUGCAAAGGAAAGGGAUCAAGGUGUUGUUCUGACUGUCAAGGAACAGGCUUUCGUGCAAAGUGGCUAAAAGAACCUCCUACUUUAAGGUAGCAAAGAUACUUCACAUCUUUUGUGUAGAGACGAUGAAGAAGAACCACCCCGUUUACUUGUACUUUUGUUAAUGAACAACUGAAGACACGCAGCAGCAUCUUUAACAGCAGUGCACAGUGUUGUUCAUCUGCUUAUGUUUAAAAUGAACUUGUGUCAUUGCUUCAAUGCAACAUGAAGCAAUGUUUAAACUUUUGAUGCAGUAUAUUUCCUUUCAACUACUGGCACCGAUAUAUAGUUCUGAAGGUUAUUUUGGUCAAGUCGGUUUUCCUAAAUGUCCUUCCACCUUGUUGCAAAGGUUAUGGAUGUUCUGCAUAUACAUGUGACUAGGUCCUUAUCGGAUUACGCAAGAAUCACAUUAUGGUUAA